CUUCGUGCUUCCACGAUAAUGUCACUUGUCCAGCAUCAAAGGCGAAGAAUGUCUUCGUCCCUCGUGUGAUACUUGACGGGAAAGGUCGAGUUGACAUGGCGUCAUGGAACCCAGCCGCCUGAGACACAAUAGUCUCCAGCCGACAAAGGAGCUGCUCAACCCACGCUUUGAGGCCUACCGUUUGGUGACAGCUGACGAUGGUGCUGCACCCGAUGGGUUCUCACAGACAGAGCACGACCUCCCUGGAUCUGCUCUUACCGGUUUCGUCGAUGAUCCGCUGAAGCUGGCGUACAAGACGCUCAAGUCUCGUUUCUUUCAUCGUUACCUGUGUCCUUCCAAAGGCGGAUCAGACCAUCUUGUAUAUAUCGACAAGCAGGGUUUUGUCAUUCUAGUGACAUUCCAGGCAGGUUUCAAACCGAGCUUCCAUCCGCUGCUUCGCCUGGACGUAGAUCCAACGGUGGCACUGCCGAGCAUUGCCAGCUGCGGCGAUCACCUCUGGCUUGCUCACGAUGGUCGAAGUGAUUCCCCCCUCCGCUUGCUCAGCACGCAAAGAGAAGCGAUAUCUAAAUCACCAUUGAGCACUCCACGAUGGUCGGCAGAAGUCCUGCACGAAUACAGCUUGCCCGAUAGUUGUAGCAAACGAGGCAUCAAGGUCGUUGAUGGAUACACGCAUACAAAUGGCGAGUUUCACGUCCUCCUUCAAGCUGAAACGCACCGUCCGGAUAAUGUUGAUCACGGCUCGAAGGGUGAGAAGUUGGACAAUCAGAAUCAACCGAGACCAUCGGCAAAGGCUUUCGGCUUUGAAAUUAGCCUUGUACACCUGCCGGCCCCAUCAUCGAAAUCUGGCGAUGAGGCAGGUGACUCUACGGUCGGCGUGACUUCGGCCCAGCUCGUCUACAGGCUUAUUGGCGAUGAGCCUCUAUACAUCGCUGUCCUCUCAGGGCGUGCUCCGGAAACGUGGUCGCUUCUUUCUGAAGGCCCUCUGCAAGCCGUCACUAUGGACCUUGCGGCAAAGCCCACUGUGGCCCUAACCUCACCUUCGGCAAAUCCAGGCCAACCUGCGCUCAUGUCCGAUACAGAGAAAUGCAACAUCUCACCAGCGUACUCAUGGGCCCAAACUGCCGACACUGUCACAAUUGCCUUUUCCUUGCCGCCAACUCUGAACAAAGCAGACAUCCGUGUUCACUUCUCGCCACCGAGUGGCUUCUCACUCAUGCUAAGCACAGAGGCCGACUUGGGGAACCCAAAGAUCUACGAACUGCCCUCCAACCACACUACCUCGGAAUCGACGCCAGACAGCUAUGCAAAGAUACUAGCUCUAGCCAUGCAACGUGGAAGGUACGAAGGCCGAUCACUCUGGGGCCCGAUCGACAUGGAGGGAAGUCUAUGGACGUGGGAAAAGGCGCGGUCGCCGUCCGAUAAGAGCUCUGUCAUCGGCCUGCUGACCGUCCAUCUGGAAAAGAAGCAUGAAGGUACACGAUGGACGCACGUCUUCGCCCCAAGCUUGGAGGAAGAAUCCGUCGAGACUUCGAGGCUAAGUCUCACAGAUGACGUCGACGAGACGGUGGAUCCUUCGGAAUUGUUGGAAGCACGCGGAGGACUGCAAAAGUACACAGCAGUGGAAGGGUCUGCAGGGGCAGCAGACUUGGGAAUCGAUCGCACCGGCAUGGCAGGGCCGCACACGUCACUCCUACAAGACGAAAUGGAAGAAGAGGACGCCAGUGUUGGUCGGCCCCUUCAAAUUACGACUAUCUCUAUGGGCGAUUCAAACCAGUCCCCGAGCAUCGAUCGCACGACGACCACCUCCAAGAUUCUUUGUCUACCAUUGCCGACUUCUUCGGUCAGCCAAAUACCUUGCGUGGCCAUACAAGCCAAUUUAGACGGUUGCCUUUGGACCUUCGAGCACGGGAACUUGCUUCAUGUCGAGACGAUUCCCGCUCUGAGCUACGUGUUGGCCUCGAAAAGAGAGGCGCACCGGUGCCAUUGCAUCACCAGCUCGCGUGGUUCGAACAGCCAGGGCGUAUGCUUUGCGUUUGAAGGCCCGACUCCGGGUCUGGCAAGCAGAGCCACAGGUGUAAGUGGUGCUGGCAGCCUCUUCUUCUACCGCAGUCCACCAAGGGACCAAUCGACAGGAAAGCAAAGUUUGUACGGGGAGAGUCGUGUCAUUGCGCUUGGCAAGAAUGACACAGGUGCUCUGCUGGACGUCACACUUGUGCCACAUGGUGCAUCCAGUUCUCCUGAUGCCGUCGUGUGUUUGACAGAGCAUAAGCUUUUGGUCCUGCAAGGCCUUUUGUAACAUCAUUGAUGCAGAUGUACAAAACACAAACUGGUUGCGAACGCGCGAGA